AUGUUGCUCUCAGUAACGAUGCUACGCCGUGCUCUCGCUGCAGUCCUCUUGGCGCUUUCUGCUGCGUCCUCGACCGUGGCCAGCGAUCUUGCGCGACGCAACUCUACCGGUCUUACCGACGCAGUCACCUGGGAUCCUCAUUCUCUUUCGAUCUUCGGCCAGCGCGUGUUCAUUCUAUCAGCUGAAGUGCACCCUUGGAGGCAGCCAAACCCUGACCUCUGGGCCGACGUAUUUGAAAAGAUAAAAGCUAACGGGUUCAAUACUGUUUCAUUCUACGUGCAUUGGGCAUUGCAUUAUCCUACACCGGAUACGAAUGACGGUAAGGGAGACUGGCAGGAAGGAACGUACCGUGAUUUGCAGAGAUUUAUUGAUGAAGCCAAGAAUGCGGGAUUAUGGAUGAUUGCGAGACCUGGUCCCUAUAUCAAUGCCGAAACCACAGGGGGCGGCUUUCCCGGCUGGGUGGGCAAUAUUGCAGGAUCUCUGCGUACUGAUAACAUCAACUAUACGCGAGCUUGGAAGCCCUAUAUGAUCGCAGUUUCACAGAUUAUCGCAAAAAAUCAGAUCACCAAUGGUGGCCCCAUUAUACUGGUACAAGCAGAGAAUGAGUUCAGUGCCGGAACAGGAAGGAGUGAUUAUAUGCAGGACAUUAUCGACACGUACCGUGCCAACAGUAUUGUCAUUCCGACAACGCACAAUGACCAGCACGCAGGCCAGGGUGGGAAUUUCAGCCCAGACUUGCCCGGUAAUGGUUCCGUCAACAUCUACUGCGGAGAUUCCUACCCGCAGGGUACAUCGCGUUGGAACCAGGUGCAGACUAUCUAUAUGUCUGUCCACAAAAACGUUGCUCCAAGCAGCCCGCUAUGUCUUGCUGAGUUCGGAGGUGGCUGGCUUCUUGGUUGGGGAUCUAAAGCUAGAGGCGGAACAGGGUAUGAGGUUUUCGAAACCACGUUGGACAAUGCCGACUACGAGAAUGUGUUCUACAAGGAAAACUAUGCACAAACGACGACGAUUUUGAAUAUCUACAUGUUGUUUGGCGGUACGAACUGGGGCCAAACCGCUGAACCCACUGUCUAUAGCAGUUACGAUUACGGCGGCGGUAUCAACGAAAAUCGUGUUGCGACACCCAAGAUGAAUGAGAUGAGGCUCCAAGGCCUUUUCCUCCGCGUUUCUCGCGACCUACUUGCAACGAUUCAAAUCAGUAACGGAACGAACUACACCACGUCGUCUCUAGUCCAUACUGCUGAGCUGAAGAAUCUGCAGUCGGGGGCAGGCUUCUACGUCUUGCGGCACAAUGACGCUACAUCUACUGACUUGACAACCACUCAACUCAAUAUCACCACGUCUGAGGGAGCACUCUUGUUACCGGCGCAGGGCGUUAUCACCCUCAACGGCCGUGACAGUAAGAUACUUGUUACAGAUUACGUUUUCGGACAGUCAGCGACGACCAUCCUGUACUCCACUGCCGAAAUCUUGACUUGGACGACCAUCGACGACAUCGACUACAUCAUUUUCUACGCAGGACUAGGCGAGACCGGAGAAACCACAUUCAAGUUCUCGUCCCAACCUCAAGUGUCCCUCAAUGGGGCCUCGAAUGUUACAUCCACAUACUCUGGAGGGAUCUUGACUCUUGUUUACUCUCUCCAAGGCUCAAAGUUUGUCGAUAUCAACGCAAGUGGCAAGACGAUCACCGUGGUGAUUUUGGAUAAACCUACUGCCAACACAUGGCAUGCUCCUAUCAUUCCUGGCUCAGGGAAUUAUGGAUCUUUCUUUUCCUUUGGUACUAAUCAAACUAUCCUUGCGAGCGGCCCGUAUCUAAUAAGGACUGCAGCCAUUUCUGGCAAUACUCUGCAUCUGACGGGAGAUCUCAAUGGUACAACUCCAAUCGAAUUCAUCGCUCCUUCAUCGGUGGACACUCUUUAUUGGAAUGGCCAAGUCCAGACAGUCACGCAGACUUCUCAUCGAUCUUUCACGGCAAUUCUUGCAGUAUCAGAUACCCCCAAGCUCCCUACUCUUGGAAGUUGGAAAGUGCUGGGAAGCCUUCCAGAGAUUGAUCCGGCGUUUGAUGACUCUGAUUUUGUCACUGCUGAUCAGACAACAACGAACUACACAAACCUUCCGCCCCUUUCUGGGACGCAGGUCCUUUAUUCGCAACAAUACGGGUUCUAUGGUGGCAACAUUAUUUUCCGAGGCCAUUUCAAUGCAUCUGGUGAAGAGACAUCCAUCAAUCUGAGCGUCCAGGGCGGUUACGGCUUUGGAUACUCCGCAUUUUUGAACGGAGUUUUCCUCGGUUCAAACCAGGGCAAUGCCUCCGUUAGCAUGACCACUGACUCGUGGAAAAUUCCUAGCUCGACCCUUCAGAUCGGAAAGGAUAAUGUUGUCGUUGUAAUACAAGAUCAUACGGGUAUCAUCGAAGCUUACAUAAAUGGUGGCAAGGAACCUCGUGGAAUUCGCGGCUAUUCUAUCACUGGAGGUAAUACCACAUUUACGACCUGGAAGCUUCAAGGAAAUCAGGGAGGUGCUGCCCAUGCCCCAGAUGCUGUGAGGGGGUAUUUGAACGAGGGCGGUUUGUACGCCGAAAGGAUCGGUGCACAUCUUCCCGGUUUCGACGACUCCAAGUGGGCAAGUGGUACACCGUUAUCGGGUGGUGGUGUCCACGAUGCCGGUGUCAACUUUUACAGGACGACAUUCUCCUUUGACGUUCCUCAAGGACUCGAUGUUCCUCUGCGCCUAUCGAUCACUCCCAGCGACAUCUCACAGAAUUACCGCGUUCAAAUCUACCUCAACGGUUGGCAACUCGGAAAGUACAUCAACAACUUGGGGCCUCAGACUACAUUCGUGCUUCCACCUGGUAUCCUGAAGCGUCAAUCUGAGAACACCCUCGCAUUGUCACUUUGGUCUCUCGAUUCCUCGGGAGCAGCGCUUGCUGGCCUGGAGUUGAUAGCGGAUGGCGCAUUCUCGACAUCUCUGACCUUGUCGGAUUAUCUACUGGCUCCCGAUUACGAGGGUGCUCAGCGACCCGCUGCUGAAUAUGUCGUUGCUAUGAUUUACAGUGAUGUUCAAGAGGGCUGUCGUCUCUCGGAUGAGACUCUCGCGGUCCUGCAGACCCGACUCGAAGAACUCACGUCCGUCCCGCCUCCUCAACAAAAGCUGCUUUACAAGGGCAAGAAGCCUUCUCAUGAAGAAUCCACUACACUUCAGGACGCGGGUUUCAAGGAUGGGAUGAAGGUGCAGCUGCUGGGUGCGACGGCAGAGGAGUUGGGAGGGAUGCGGAAAGUGGAGGACGAACAGAGGCGGCGAGAGAACAUCAUGCGGGAGCGCGCAGUGAAGGGGACCGUCAAGGUGCGAUCGACUGGUCCAUCCGCGUUUACCUCCGCUCCCUCUGGGCGCUACCGGUUCCACCGCCUCGAGCCGCUUCAGCAUCUGCCCAACCCUGCCUCUGCCCUUGCCACCCUCGAGCGCCUCUCCUCCGACCCCGCCAUCUUGCACGUCAUGAACAAGCACGAGUUCUCCGUCGGGCUGCUCACGGAGCUCGCGCCGCACGAGGACCCGCACUUGUUGGGAUUGAACGUGAACGCGGGGCAGGCGAUCAAGCUUCGGCUGCGGACGGACGCGUACGACGGGUUCAGGCCGUAUCUCGAGGUGAGGAGGGUGCUGUGCCACGAGUUGACGCACAACAAGUGGGGCGACCACGAUAACAACUUUAAGGAACUGAACUCACAGCUGAAUCGCGAAGUCGUAGCGUUCGAGCGCGCUAAGAAAGAGGGCACGCACACUCUCGUCGACGGCCUCGGGGGGUAUGAGCCCUCUUCGGAGCUCGAGGCUGAGGCGCGCACGUACGUGCUUGGCGGGUCCGGGAUAGCACCAUCUGGAAACGAGACGGUGGAGGAUAGGAGGCGGCGGAUGUUGGAAGCAACGAUGAACCGGCUGAGGAAGGAGGAAGAAGAACUAGAGCACAGUUGUGGGACGGCCGCGGGUCCCGCUAGUGGAGAGGCUCAUUGA